AUGUUUGCUAGAAGUUCAGUCCAUUAUGGUGCAUCGUUAGCAGUCGUGGGAGCAUUUUUAAUCAAACCUUCGCAAAUCCUGAAUGAACCUAAACGUAGAUUUUACGAAGAUGAAUCGGACGUUAUUCCAGUUCCUGGUACCAUUACACCAUCGCCAGGCACAGAAAUAGAAGCAUUGGGUCCAAACAAGUUAGUUGACGGUAUUUCUGUGCGUUCUACCAGCACACUUGAGUCAUAUUUCAGAGCUAUUAGAGAAUCUGCAGUUCAAGGGAUUAAUCUGGUCCAACACUACAUGAACCAAGGAUACACGAAGUACAACGAAACGGAAAGACAAGUAACGGACACCAUGGCCGAAUUACAUUACAAACCUGAAGAUCUCUUGCCAAGCACCCUUUACAUUGUGAUAGCAACUAUGUCCGGUAACAUCAUGGCACGUCAAAGAGGUCUCAUUGCAAAGACUACAUUCCCAUUGGUAUUAGGGUUAGCAUCGUUCAGAUAUUUCUUGCCACAAACAUUCAAUAAUGUGUCGGGUUUUGUCUGGAACUUAGAGAAAAGGGCCUUACCUGACUUGGCCGAGCAACAACAAUUGGCCCUCGCCAAAGCAGACCAGUUUGUCCAAGGUGUUGAAAAGUCAUCGCAAAGAAACCAGAAACGUUUAGAGGAUAGUGCCAACUCCUUGAGAAAGUCCAUAGCCCAAGUUACUGGUUUAAAUAUAGAUGAGGAAGUCUCAAAAAAAUAA